UUGCUCUGUGUCGUAGAGUUAGAGCUAAAAAUGGGAAUUAUUUCGAUUUUAUAAACUAUUUACAUUAUGUUAAAAUGAAGUGCAAAAUUGAAUAUUAAACAAUAUUAAUGUCAAACAGGGGAAAUAUAUUAAAUAUGUCGUACUUAAACGAGCCUGUAUUAAAUAUUAUUGUUGUUGGAUUUCAUCAUAAAAAGGGGUGUCAGGUAGAACAUUGCUAUCCAGAGUUUGUACCUGGUAAACCAUCGGAACUUCCCAUUUUGUGGCGCUAUUUACCUGCUCUAGCUCUCCCUGAUGGAUCUCAUAACUAUCUUUCCGACACUAUAUUUUUUAAUUUACCGGAUCCAACAGACCCCACGCGUACGGUAUAUGGAAUAUCUUGCUUCCGACAAAUCCCUGUGGAGCAAGUAACUCAAAAAACUGAGGAUAUGACAAGAAGCUCGGUCCAAAAAAGUGUCUGUGUUAUAUGUAGGGCUCCCCUCUUUGGCCGACUGGCAGUUAAAAUGGAACUUGUUGUGAGGGCUUGGUUUAUGCAGGGUAAUUUUUCAGAAACCACACUAUUGGAGGAUGCUUAUAAACAUUUGAACAGCUGUCCAGUGCAAAUUGAUCAAACUUUAGAAGGCUUAUCAGUCUUAAAACUAGUUGAAAAUUGGAGACAUAAAGCCUUACUAUUGUUUAAGUUACUCUUACUUGGGAGGAAAGUUUUAAUCUAUGGAUCUCCCUCUGGUCAGCUAUCUACUGCAUUAUUGUCUCUGAUUUCUUUAUUUCCGAGAUGUUUGGAGUUUGGACUUUCACGAUCAGCUAAUGUUGUACUGUCUAGGCCUCUAUCCCCAAUAUCAGUAACACCAAUGGUUUUGUCUGAAGAGGAAGAGCCAGAUAAUCCAAUUUCAAAAGUUGCUGUUGUAAAUGGAAAUGACCAACUAGAUGAAUUAUUAUCACCAAAAGAAUCUGGUAACUUAGUUGAUGAGAAAGAUAGAGUAAGCCGCCAAAGUUUUGAUGAGACAUUACUGUCUGAAGUUGAUAAACUAGAAUUGUCUGGAGGUAGAGAUAAAUGUCAUAGCAUCGGUGAGAAGUAUAAGAUACAAAAGUUAACAGAGGCCCAUCAAAGCCCCAGUUUGGCAAGGGAUAUGAGUGUAGAUGGUUUAUAUAAUUUAACAGGACAGAUUGAUCACACUGAAUGUGGUUUUCCUCUGCCAUUGUUUGAAGAUGGUAAUCUUUGCUUACCAUAUCUCUCACUACAGUACUUAGAUUUGUUAUCAGAUUCAGCUGUUAAAGGUUUUGUUGUUGGUGCAUCCAAUGUGCUUUUUAAGCAAAAGAGACAGUUAUUUGAUGUGUUGGUUGAACUAAAUGAAAUGAGAAUUGAAACAAGUGAUUUGGGUCUUCGGAGACAGCUUGCUCUGGGCACUGAAGAUCUAAGGUUUGCUGAUCAUGUUGUACGAUAUGCUGCAUCUCAGGGUGAUGCCUGGAUAAGAGAUCAAUUUGCAAGUUAUCUUAUUUAUCUUUUACGAACAUCUCUACUACCAGAUGGCAGCAAAGAAAUAGAUUCAUACAAUGCACAAUUUAUGGCAGCUUUUAAAUCAACAUUGUGCUAUGAGAAAUGGUUAAAAAUGACAAAUAAUGGUGAUAUUGAGACAUUUAUGAAUUUGCCACCUAUGCAUCCAUUUUCUGGGCAAUUAUCCGUUGCAGACAUGAAGUUAAAAUUUGCCCACACAAUGUCUACAACAGAAGGAGGAAGGAAGGUGACUGCAGCAGUGGCCACAACUGGCCGUGCUGUAGCUACUACUUCACGGGCCGUUGGGGGAGCCCUUUCUCAAGCCAAGGGAGCCCUUUCCGGAUGGUGGAGUGCUCUAACCACAUCUGUUCCCAGCAACCCUCCUUCAGAGGCGUCAGCUGACGAGAAAGCUCCUUCAGAAAUAUCCGGAGAUGAAAAACCGCUCUCUGAAGUUUCUGGUGAUGAAAUACUCCCUUCAGAUGCUGAAGAUGCUUUGGAAGACAUUCAGUUUGAUAACAAAAGAGAUAAGAGCAAGGAGUCAGCUGAGCCUCCAGAUAAAUUAAUAGAAGAUAAUACAAGUAAUAUUAGUAAUAUACAAGUCGUAUAAAGUGUGAUACAGUAGCUCAGACAGAUCUUAUUUUAUAUUGUUUUAAUUUUUAUUUAUUCUACAUAUAUUGUCGUUGUUCACUCGUUAAGAAUAAGAUUUUGUAUGUUAGUUGACCCAUAGCUUAGUGAAUUAGUAAAUGUGCCACGAAAUGUUAUUGAUUCAAAUUGUGUUGUAGUUUCUUAUGUCAAUUCAAGUUGAAGGAAUUACAUAUUUUAUUAGCAUUUGAGUAAAUCAUGUCUGCUAAUUAAAGUGUUUAUUCUAGUUUUAAUAGAGAAAUCAGUAUAAUUUUAUAAUUGAUCUUUGAAUUACUUUUUAAUCCAUCAAGUUAUCAAAUUACCAAACCUCAUAUAACUUGCAAAGUUCAAAACACAUUUUUCUAUCAGUGGUGCCACGUUUUAUUAAUUACAUCGCACUUUGAUGGGUAAUUCUUUCUUAAUGCAAAUCAAUUGACAUAAUGGUUAAUAUAUUUGAGCCCUUUUUUAGGAAUUACUAAUAUUAAUGCAGCUGAUUCUAUGUAAAGUAUUUUAUUCUAUUCAGUUAAAUAUAUGAUAUUCUUAGUAAAUUUAAUUUAUGAUCUCAGGCUUAGACAUUGUUACUUUUAUGUAAUUAUUAAAUUAUUUCUUGUAAAAUAUUCUUUUUAUUAUACCUACUUAUACUUCCAUUGACAGAAGUAAGAUAAGUAAAUAUUUUCCAUUGUCGUUAAUUAGAAGUAAUGUAUCUGUAGAUUGUAGAUAAUUCGAACUUCAAGUUCUCAAUUUUGAUACAAUAUUUAGUACGUUAUUUAAUUAAGGGGUACCGAAUAAAUAAAAAGUAAACACGUUAA